AUGAAUAAAUGGUAUUGGAUUGUGCCGGCUGGCUUUGGACUUUUUACUUUACUUUAUGGAAUUCUUGCUGAACAACAAUGUCCAAAACUUUUUUGUGAAGGUCAAGAUUGCUAUUUUAGUUGUAAUUGCGGUACUGGUUAUAGUAUUUGCGAGUGUUUUUUUACUGAUAUUUAUCAUAAUUGCGUUAUGAGCGUAUUUAUUCCUGCUAUUGUCUUUAAUUCUAUUUGUUUUUUAACUACUCUUGUUUAUUGUCUAGUUAUAGUCAUUAAGAACAAUCUAAAUAGUAAAAAAGCACAAAUUCAACAAAUAGUAACAGAUAUGAAAAACUUGACAGUAGUAACAAAUGUUAGCAAUGUAGACGGAAUUCAAAAUAUUCAAGAUCACGAAGUUGUGAAUGAAGAAUUAGAAUUAGAAAAGGAAAUUAGGUUACUAGAAAAACAGAAAAGAAUUGCCGAAUUAAAAAAAGAAAUAAAGGAUAUAGAAUUAGGUGAAUUGUCAACUUCAAAAAAUAUAAUGGCUAAUACCAAAUA